UUUGCUUUGUGGAGCAGAGCGAUCUUAGGCUUAGAUGCUUUUAGCAACAACUCACUAAAUUAUAUUGAAAAUUUAGAUAAUAACAAUCCAUUAUUAUCUUAGGAUAUAGUAGUUACAGCUAAUCUUUUUACAUUAAAUUAUUUCAUGAAGAGUGGGAAGUCAGAAAGGUUUGGAAGCGAACCUUAUCCAAUCAGACAGACAACGUGUUUUCCUAUCGCAAGCUAGGGAACAACAGAAGAGAGAGUCCAAACUUUCUCUCAAACUGUUAUUUGUUAGAAGACGAGUUGACGACCAACGUGCAAUCCCCGAAGACCGAGGAGAUGGCGAGUUCAGUGGGAAAUGUGGCCGACAGCACAGAACCAACAAAACGUAUUCUUUCCUUCCAAGGGUUGGCCGAACUGGCGCACCGCGAGUACCAGUCAGGAGAUUUUGAGGCAGCUGAGCGCCACUGCAUGCAGCUAUGGAGGCAGGAGCCUGAUAACACAGGCGUGUUAUUGCUUCUGUCCUCCAUCCAUUUCCAGUGCCGAAGACUUGACAGGUCUGCUCACUUCAGCACGUUGGCGAUCAAACAGAACCCAAUGCUUGCUGAGGCCUACUCCAAUCUCGGGAACGUGUACAAGGAACGUGGGCAGCUGCAGGAAGCCAUAGAGCACUAUCGCCAUGCACUGAGGCUGAAGCCAGAUUUCAUUGAUGGCUACAUCAACCUGGCGGCAGCUCUGGUGGCCGCAGGAGACAUGGAGGGGGCUGUGCAGGCAUACGUGUCUGCAUUACAGUAUAACCCGGAUCUCUAUUGUGUGCGUAGUGACCUCGGUAAUUUACUGAAAGCUCUUGGACGUUUGGAAGAGGCUAAGGCUUGUUACCUGAAAGCCAUUGAGACUCAGCCCAACUUUGCAGUGGCUUGGAGCAACUUGGGUUGUGUGUUCAAUGCCCAGGGAGAAAUAUGGCUUGCCAUUCAUCACUUUGAAAAGGCAGUGACUCUGGACCCAAACUUUCUUGACGCAUACAUCAAUUUGGGCAACGUUCUGAAAGAAGCCCGGAUCUUUGACAGAGCUGUGGCUGCCUACCUGAGAGCCCUGAGUCUGAGUCCCAACCAUGCUGUCGUCCAUGGCAACCUGGCCUGUGUCUACUAUGAGCAGGGACUCAUUGACCUUGCCAUCGACACCUACCGCCGCGCUAUUGAAUUGCAGCCACACUUUCCUGAUGCCUACUGCAAUCUGGCUAAUGCCCUGAAAGAGAAAGGCAAUGUGUCUGAAGCAGAAGAGUGUUACAACACAGCUUUGCGUCUGUGUCCAACACAUGCCGACUCCCUUAACAACUUGGCCAACAUAAAGCGUGAGCAGGGCAACAUUGAAGAAGCUGUUCAGCUUUACAGAAAAGCCUUGGAAGUGUUCCCAGAGUUUGCUGCAGCUCACUCUAACCUGGCCAGUGUCCUGCAGCAGCAGGGCAAACUCCAGGAGGCCCUCAUGCAUUACAAGGAGGCUAUAAGGAUCAGCCCCACAUUUGCUGAUGCCUAUUCCAACAUGGGCAAUACAUUGAAGGAAAUGCAAGAUGUUCAGGGAGCGCUACAGUGCUACACUCGUGCCAUCCAGAUUAACCCAGCCUUUGCUGACGCUCACAGCAAUUUGGCCUCUAUCCACAAGGAUUCUGGAAACAUCCCAGAGGCCAUUGCAUCUUAUCGCACAGCUCUGAAACUCAAGCCAGACUUCCCUGAUGCUUAUUGCAACUUGGCUCAUUGCCUGCAGAUUGUGUGUGACUGGACAGAUUACGACGAGCGGAUGAAAAAGCUUGUUAGCAUCGUGGCCGACCAGCUGGAAAAGAACCGCUUGCCCUCGGUGCACCCACACCACAGCAUGCUUUACCCGCUGUCUCACAGCUUCCGCAAGGCCAUUGCCGAACGCCACGGAAACCUUUGCCUGGACAAGAUCAAUGCACUACACAAACCUGCGUUUGAGCACCCCAAGGACCUGAAGAGCAGCAGCGGUCGCCUGCGCAUUGGUUAUGUCAGCUCAGACUUCGGCAACCACCCAACCUCUCAUCUGAUGCAGUCCAUCCCAGGAAUGCACAAUCCUGAAAAAUUUGAGGUUUUCUGCUACGCUCUUAGUCCUGACGACGGUACCAACUUCCGCGUGAAAGUGGUUGCAGAAGCUCAUCAUUUCACAGACCUCUCCCAGAUUCCUUGCAAUGGCAAGGCAGCUGAUCGUAUUCAUCAGGACGGGAUCCACAUUCUGGUCAACAUGAACGGAUACACAAAGGGAGCCCGCAAUGAGCUGUUCGCCCUUCGCCCUGCCCCUGUCCAAGCGAUGUGGCUUGGUUACCCUGGAACCAGUGGUGCUCCCUUCAUGGACUACAUCAUCACUGACAAGGAGACGUCUCCUGUUGAAGUAGCUGAACAGUACUCUGAAAAACUGGCCUACAUGCCCAACACCUUCUUCAUUGGAGAUCAUGCCAACAUGUUCCCUCACCUCAAGAAAAAGGCAGUUAUUGAUUUCAAAUCGAACGGACACAUCUUUGACAACCGGAUUGUUCUCAACGGCAUUGAUCUGAAAGCUUUCUUGGACAGUCUGCCGGAUGUCAAAGUGAUAAAGAUGAAGUGUGACAACAACCAGGAUCCUGCUGCCGGAGACGCAAACGGAGCCUUGUCCAUGCCUGUGAUUCCCAUGAACACAGCAGCAGAGGCAAUCAUCAACAUGAUCAACCAAGGCCAAAUCCAGGUCACGAUCAAUAACUUCACAGUCAGCAACGGACUGGCCACCACACAGAUCAAUAAUAAAGCUGCAACCGGGGAGGAGGUGUUGCGGACCAUUGUGGUGACAACUCGCUCCCAGUAUGGUCUGCCUGAGGACUCUAUUGUAUACUGCAACUUCAACCAGCUCUACAAGAUUGAUCCUCCUACACUCCAGAUGUGGGCCAAUAUCCUGAAACGUGUGCCCAACAGUGUGUUGUGGCUUCUUCGCUUCCCUGCUGUCGGCGAACCAAACAUCCAGCAGUACGCUCAGAACAUGGGCCUGCCGGCAUCUCGCGUUAUUUUCUCCCCCGUGGCUCCCAAGGAGGAGCACGUGAGAAGAGGCCAGCUGGCUGACGUGUGCCUGGACACUCCUCUGUGCAACGGUCACACUACAGGCAUGGAUGUUCUCUGGGCUGGAACCCCUAUGGUAACUAUGCCAGGUGAGACUCUUGCGUCCCGUGUGGCUGCCUCACAACUGAACUGCCUGGGCUGCCCAGAGCUGAUCGCUCAAACUCGCCAGGAAUAUGAGGACGUAGCCGUCAAACUGGGAUCUGACAUGGAGUUCCUGAAGAUGAUCAGAGCAUGCGUUUGGAAACACCGAAUCUGCAGCCCCCUGUUCAACACCAAGCAGUACACAAUAGACCUGGAAAGGCUCUACCUGCAAAUGUGGGAGCAUCACAGCAACGGCAGCAAGCCAGAUCACUUGGUCAAACACCAAACAGUGGAGGCCAGCGAGAACGCCUGAAAUGUUAAAUCCCAACUGUUUUUAACCCUGAUCAGCAGCCUAGUUCGAAUGGUCAGGUUUCACUCAAACUCCCUCCCCUUCAGGGACUGUUUCCAUAUUUCUCAUUUACUCCAAACUGGAACCCUUACUUUGAAAGAACUCACACAUGAUUACGCUUGGAGUCCCAUUAUGUUUGUCAUCCGAUGAGCCAGAUGAACCCUGAGACAUUUUCAGGCGACUUGUCUGAGCCUCUUGUACUGAAACACUUGGUGUACUUUGUGAGCAUGAGAAGGUUGUGAAUACCUUGCUUUCCCUCGGUACUUCAGAGCAGUGGAUUUCCUUUUAAUCCCGUUGUCAUGCGUACAGGACUAAUCGCAGCUUGUGGAGAGAAUGCCCUGCCAUCUUUACUUGUUGUAUUUAGAAAAAGAUUAAGAGUGUUGUACGUUUUAAAAUGACAAUGUUACACCAUUUAAAUUGUUUCGUCAGCUUUAUCAAGCAAGUAUGAGACAUAAACUGCAUCUUUUGUUUUGUUUAUGCAAGCUAUUCUUAAAUGGCUGCAACAAGUAAUUGUGCGAAUUUUGAAAAACUUCCUCCCAAAACAAAAAUGCCAACAUUUAUUGAUUUAGUCAAAGAAUUUGUUCUGUAGGUGUUGUCCUUUUUGAUGUCAAACUGAGUUUGUUCUAAUUGAUUGGACAAAAAAGUUAUUUUGGAAAGCGACUAAACAUCAAUUAAAGCAUCAAAAUGAUCUCCUAAUAGAUUUAGUUUUUUAACACAUACCAGGAAUGGGAUUGGUAAGUAUUUUCUAAACCGUUUUUGUUUUUUAUUGUUUAACUGUGCUGUCGGUGAAGCUGCAAGUCUCUACAUAUACCGUAAAUAAAAAAUGGAGAUUGAAACCAAA